AUGGCAAAAUCGUUGCUGAUCGUAUCUGCUUUGUUAUUGGCCGUUGUUGCUUCUGUAACCGCUGCACCCACACCGAAAAAACAAAUAUCUUUCAAUUUAUGCAAGAGAAGUGAUCCAAACCUUGACAAAUGUUUGAAGACCUCCAUCCAAUCAGUCAUUCCCGAUUUGGCCGAAGGAUACUCGAAACUGAGGAUUCCGGCCAUCGAACCGUUCGAGCUACCGUCUUUGGAAAUCGACCAAGGCAAAGGCUCCAGCAAAUCAGUCAGCAUUGACCUGAAGCUUAAGGACGUCAAGAUCAUGGGUUUGACCAGCACUGUGAUCGAUUCCUUGAAAAUCGAUGUUGACAAUUACAAGCUCACUGGCAAGAUUGGUUUCGCAAAGCCACUCGAGAUCAGUGGACAAUACACGGUCAACGGAAAGGUGCUCGUUUUGCCGAUCACCGGUAACGGACCGUGCAACAUUGUCUUACACGAUCCCGUAUUGGAAUUGAAAGAAGUGUCCGGAUCCCCAAGCCAGAAGAACGGCAAGACCUUCGUCCAAAUCAACAAAUUUGAACUUCGGUUGGUGAGUGUCAAGAAACUGAAUGUCAAGUUGGAAAACCUUUUCAAUGGAAACAAACAAUUAGGAGAUAGCAUGAACACCAUCCUGAACGAAAACUGGGAAGUUCUUCUUGAAGAAUUGAAACCAGCAUUCGAAGAAGCAGUUGGGGCUAUUGCACAAGAUAUUGUUAAUAAAGCAUUGCAAAAGACCGCGUACUCAGACAUAUUCCCUAUGUAG